AGCUGCAGACGGAGAAAUCAGAGAAAGCACAACCCGGCCCCAGAUUCCGAGGGGCCUGCUGGGGACUCUGUCCUCCUGCUCUAGAGGGAAGACCCCGAGGCCGGAGUCUCAGGCCAGGUCCUGGCUGCCAUGGGACUUGCAGCUGCCACCCCCCGGCUGCCCUCCACACGGCCAGGCAGAUAAGGGUGGGCACUGCCCCAGGAGCACCUGCCGCCCCCUGCCGGGCUGCUGCUCUGUGGCCAGCCCUUCCCCAGACUUGGGCCACCUUCGCUGACCCGAGGCCAUGUAGGCCCGACCUGGGCCUUUGUGGAUAGACACACGGCCGGGGACACCGCCUCUGCUCUCUGGGGGACACAGCGUACCACCAUGCCCCGGGGAAUCGCCUGGCUGCACUAUCUUGGGAUCCUCCUUGGCAUGGCCUUGGGGAACGGGGGUUUGGAGAUGUGGCCCUUGACCCAGACCGAGGAGUGCGCUGUCACCGGCUUUCUGCGGGACAAGCUGCAGUACAGGAACCGCCUGCAGUACAUGAAACACUACUUCCCCAUCAACUACAGGAUCAGCGUGCCUUAUGAGGGGGUGCUCAGAAUGGCCAACAUCACCAGGCUGCAGAAGGCUCGGGUCAGCCAGCAGGAGCUGCGGUACCUGUGGGUCUGGGUGAGCCUCAGCGCUACUGAGUCGGUGCAGGAAGUGCUGCUCGAGGGCCACCCAUCCUGGAAGUACCUGGAGGAGGUCCAUACACUGCUGCUGGACGUGCAGCAAAGCCUCACGGAUGUGGAGGUCGGCCCCAAGGUGGACACGGUAGUGUCACUCCUGAGUGGCCCGAGGCUAAGCCUGAAGCUGGUGAAACCCAAAGCCCUCCUGGACAACUGCUUCCGGGUCAUGGAACUGCUGUACUGUUCUUGCUGUAAACAAAGUUCCGUCCUAAAUUGGCAGGACUGUGAGGUGCCGAGCCCUCAGCCCCACAGCCCAGAGCCCUCAUCACAGUGCGUGGCUACCCCGCUAUACCCUCUGUCCCAGGGGCCCCCCGUCUCCCUGCCCCACGCCCCAGGAUCCAAGCGCGGACCCCCGGCUCAGUGA